AUGUUUAGUGAAAAGGCGCAAUUUGAAGAAGAAAGUAAGAAGCAACCGGAUGGUAAAAUAAAAAGAUCCUAUUUGAUUGCCGGGAUAAUUCUGAUCAUUGUAGCCUUUGCAAUUGGUCUCCUUAUCGGUAUAUUUACGCAAAGAGCAGCCAAUAGUCAUUCAGACGGACAGGAUUCUACUAUAACCCGCACAACUAGUGCAACAACUAAAGCUCCUAAUACUGUACCUCCAGUGACUCGGCGACCAACGCGUUCACCGGUCAUUACUUCUCGACCAACAACUUCAAAGCCGACUAAACCACCUAUUCCAGGCGUUUGCAAAGGAAAAGUCAAACCGCUGUUGCUAGUUUCUCUCGAUGGCUUUCGUUGGAACUACUUUCAUCGCGGAUAUUCCCCUAAUAUAUCCAAAUUUGCUGCGGAGGGUGUUCGAGCCGAAUAUAUGCAAUCUAGUUUUCCUACCAAGACAUUUCCCAAUCAUUAUACUAUAGUAACGGGUCUGUAUCCCGCCUACCAUGGCAUUAUUGGAAAUAGCUUUUAUGAUCCUGUCUUUAAGGAUCAAUUUUAUAUUGGAGCGAAGAAUUCGAGUCAGUCGAGAUGGUGGGGUGGAGAACCGAUUUGGGUGACAGCAAGAAAACACAAUUUGAAAUCAGCUAGCUACUUUUGGGUCGGUUCUGAGUCCAAGAUUGCAGGCUAUCAACCAAAUUAUUGGUAUACCUACUCUGGAAGAGUGCCUUUCAUGGAUCGCGUGGAUCAAUUUUUUAAAUGGAUGGAAAUGCCUGAUGAUGAACGUCCUAGCAUGGUAACCAUGUAUUUUGAUCAACCAGAUACUGCAGGACAUCGAUAUGGCCCAGAUUCAGCUGAGGUAAAUGAGCAAAUUAAAAUCGUUGACGAUGUAAUGGGAGCUAUUUUCUACGGCUUAAAGAAGCGAGGAAUGCAAGAUUGCGUAAAUAUUAUCAUAACCGCAGAUCAUGGUAUGAGAAAAACAUGCUGUAACCGAAUUCUUUAUUUCAACAAGUAUAUCAAUACAACUGAAGUCUAUGUACGCAAUUCUGGACCCUUUGGCGGUAUUCAAACUAAAGAAGGCAAUGUUGAUGAAGUUGUAGAAAACUUGCGGUGUAAAAAUAAACACUGGAAAGUAUUUAAGAAAGAAGACUUGCCAAUCCGUAUGCACUAUUAUGAUAACAGACGUAUUCCCGAAAUUAUAGUUCUACCAGAUGAAGAUUGGAUCGUUAGACAAUCGUACAGUCCUCGUUACACAUUCUGUCACGGCGCUAAUCAUGGUUGGAAUAAUCUGGAUCCAGAUAUGAGAACAAUUUUUAUAGCAGGCGGGCCAGCAUUUAAGAGUGGAGUUAUCAUUAAACCCUUUUUAAAUAUCGAAAUUUAUAACUUGAUGGCAACUGUUUUAAAUAUUCCACCUGCUAAAAAUAACGGAACACUUGGAAGGUUACAUCAUAUUCUCAAGAAUCCUCCUCCAAUUUCAAAAAUCAGUACUGGUCAACCCGGUAAGGUAUGCAGAGUACCUCAAGAUUCUGCUAUCUUAGCAGCUAGACAGAAUUGCUCUGAAUGCAUUUGUUCUUCUUGCCAUCCUUCUCUUAGAGCCAAUUUAACUCGUAGUAACGAGGCUUUAAAGAUGACUGCUGAGCAAGAAAAACAUUCAGAACAGCAUAACCUCCCGUGGGGUGUACCUAAAUAUGAAAAUGCUAUGGAUACGUGUACACUUUAUCAUAAGCAAUACAUAUCUGGAUAUAGUAAUAUCUACCAUAUACCUUUAUUCGCUGGUUAUUUCCUGUCUGAUAAGGAAUCGACUGCCUCUCCUAAUAAAGACACGUGCUAUCAUCGUGACAUACGAUUAGAUAUUGCAACACAGACUUCUAAUUGCUCAAAUUAUGUAAACUCCAGCUAUGAAAAGGGACAUCUCAUGCCUAAAAGCGAUGUAAGCUUCGAUGUGGUAACUCAAUCCAAUUCAAAUAUGUUAUCUAAUAUCGUACCGCUCCAUGCUGCAUUUAAGACAGGACCAUGGAACUACUUGGAGAUGUUAAUUAAUAAAUGGUCUAAAAAGUACGGAGGGAUUUUUGUUAUAUCAGGAGCAAUGAUAAAAGCCGAUCAUGAAACGGUCAUGAGCGAUCCUUCAUAUUGGCUAAACGGCGAAAUAGGCUCUGUAGCUAUUCCGACGCAUCUUUAUAAAAUAGUUGUAAAAUGUCAAGACUCGGAUCAAGUCGCAUGUAAUGGAUCAGCAAGCAAUCACAAACCAUGUGGUGGUAAAUUGGAAGCAUUAUCAUUUAUACUGCCACAUAGUAAAUCAGCCUCACCUCAAUGUCACUCUGCCGUAUCACAAAUCUUUGAACAUGUUUCCAGCAUUGCUGAUAUAGAAAAAUUGACUGGUAUCGAUUUCUUCCCUGAACUUCCAGCAGAGUUGCAAGUUCAAUUGGAAGCCCAAAUACCCACAGAGUUAUGGUCGAUCUUUUAG